GAUUGCGUAACGCUGAAUCAACUGUUAAAUAACUUGUGAUACGUGUUAUUAAGUCAUCGGAUAACAGAUCGCAAGCCAAUUAAAUUCGGCGUUACGUGUUACAGAUACAGCAUACAAAUUAUCAUUUGCUGUCUGUGACAGAUACAGCAUCGACGGCCGCAUCUUCUGUAACGACCUGUAGGCAAGGAAACUCGACUAAUGUAGAGCGGAAUGCGACAGCACUGGCUUCUCUCAUUCACCAGCACGUCAUCCACUGCAGCGGGUCGGACCGCAAACCUUACCUGAUGGUCUGCUUCAUGCAUGGUGUGCUCCGUUUCAGUCCGUUUUCAGUCUUGCGCGUGACGCUGGGGACGCGCGUGCGUUGGGAGGUUAUUUUGUACGUUCGUUCGUGCUUGCGCGAAAACUUAAUUGUGAGUCAUCAAAAAUGCGUGUUGUGAGCGAUGAUUCACGCGCGUGACCCAGGCGCUUAGUUUACGAGUAAUUAACUCUUAUCGAAUAAAAUUACGAGUCGAACGGUUAGCAACCGUCGGCCAAACCGGCCGUCCCGUUCCCUGGGUUGGCCAACGUGUGCGCGGUGAAACGUGUAUCUGUAAGGUGUAAGCGGGGACGUGUAAUCGCUAAGUGGCCGCGGCGGUAGCUCGAGCUGCCGAGGGAGACCCCGGUCGCGAUGAUGCUCCGCUACGCGCUUGUCGACGUCACGAUGGUGAGCUGAGGUGACACACGGGCAAUGGCGAAAAUCGCGAGAGUGUCCGACUCGACGGUGCCCAUAGUCCUGGUGUGCGAGCAUUGCACCAACCAGACGUUCAAGCAGAUACAAGACUUCGUUAGGCACUUGAGGGAUCAGCACUGUUCCCGGGAAGGUGGCUCCUUUGUGUGUCUCUAUGGCUAUAAUGGGGUGUGCACCAGUCUUCCUGUGGAAGGUGUUUCUGACAAGGAUUAUGUAGCACACGCCAGCAAGCACGCAGCGAUGCAACAGCAACGAAAGAGCAACGGUCAGUUAUCAGAGGCCGGCUCAUCGUGGACGGUGUACUCUGCUGCACAAAAUCUACCUGCUGUCCUGAACGACCCGUUCAAGGGAAAGCAAAGUAAUUUCUUAACUCGUACUUGGGGAGAUGGAUUCGUGGAAAAGGUGGAUAUACCAAAGAGCCCGUAUCUUCCUGAGAUCACGAUGCAGCAUUUUGAAAUGUAUCUGAAAAAGAUUGCAAGGAGAUAUCGCAAACAUUCGCGUAUGAACUCAAACGUAAACAGGCCAACAACGUCGAAUGAACUGCUUCAAAAUUUUCCAAAUCUCAGGAAAAAAUCAUUAGAUCGACUACAAUUUGAUUUAGCUAGUAUUCCAAAGAUCUUCUUAGUGCCGAAUUUGGAUCUUUCGCAAAAAGAUAAUUUUGACGCUGUGUUUCCGUUUGCGAAAGAUGGUUUAUUAACCGAAGAAUGUAACAUUGUUUUACACGUGAAGCAAAUGCAAGAGAAGCUGAGUCACUACUUGGACGUUGUGGAAGUUCGAAUAGCGGAGCAAGUCGCGUCCAAAUCGCAAGCCUUCUUUCAUGCAAUGACAUCUCAUGACGUGCUCAUGGAACAGCUCACGCAAACCAUCACGGUUCUAAAAGCUCUCAGGAAAAAUAUUCAUCAAGUCGAUCAGCAUCUAGUCAAAAAUUCUCUAGAAAUUUUACGCUUGGAGCGUGCUAGGUCUAACAGAUUAUUGGUCCAAGAAAAACUAAAACUUAUGGCAACCGUACAUCAAAGUCAACCCAUGAUACAACUAUUGCUAUCUACGCCUGACUACGUUGCGGCAUUAGAUCUUAUUUCUACGACGCAGGAGAUUCUCUUGCAAGAAUUAAAUGGAAUACAUAGUUUUAGACAUUUAAGUUCUCAGUUAACUGAGAUGGAGAAACUCGUGGACAAGAUGCUGUCGACCGAGUUCCAAAGAUACGCGACGGCGGAUCUCAAUAGGCCGUUGGGUGGCGAGAACACCGUGCUGGAUGGCGAUAAACUGGUUUCCAUCAUAUCUGGUCUACUGCGUCAAAAACAUUUUCAAUUUGUGGACACGUACAAGGAGGAGGCUGUGACCACGAUAAGAGCCUUAACUAAGCAACGUGUGAUUGAGGCUCUGGCAGCGAGCGACUGUUGUAGCGAUCAACAAGCGGCAGCUCUCGAAAUAGGGGGUCUCUCUCUGACGGAAAGAUUAACGUUGUUGCAUAAUACAAUACAGUCCUUCAUGUAUCUUUUAUUACGAGUGAAGGCAGUUCAUGAUGUGAUGACGGACACUGCAGACUUAUCAGCGGGACGUUUAUGCGACGGCUCGUAUGACGAAUCGAUACCUGAUCGAUUACUGACGCAAGAGGAGCACUCGCGAGUGAUCACCAAACUCGGCGACAUGAUUACGUCUGUUUGUGACUAUUGCCACGAACGUGUGGGGAAUCUGCUUUCGGCGGGGACAAACGAGAAGGAUAAAUUUCACAGCGACAGGGAUAAGAUCAUCGCGGAUGCUCCGCAGAACAAACUGGAAGAGAAGGAGAAUCAAACGUGGAACGACAAGAGCUCUUGGUUGAGCGAGAGAGCAACGACCGCUCAAGUUUGCCAGUUGGCCAAUAUGGUCGAAGAAUUCACACACGCUUGUGAGAAGCUCUGCAGCAAACAGUGUACCGCUCUACGAUCGGCAUUUAAGGCACAAGCGAGCAAAUUUGUACUGCGUUUCCAUAACGAACGCAAGACGAAGCUGACGCUGCUGUUGGAAUCCGAAAGAUGGAAACAAGCUGACGUGCCGCUGGAAUUUCAGUCGCUAGUAACAUAUGUAUACGAGAAAAAGAGUUUUCCGACCAAGGUACUGACACGCGAGGGCGACACGAAGAGUGAGAGUGUAGAUAAUUUUAUUAUGGUGGGCGAUGAGAAGUUUGCUGUCGUCGGGACUGCCCUGAUGCUCAUACAGAUGAUACACGAGUACUGCAGAACGAGUAACGAACUAGUUGCCUUGUCUGGAACCAUAGGAAGACAAUUAGCCGAGCUGUUAAGACAUUACAAUUCUCGAUGUUGUCAACUAGUCCUGGGUGCGGGCGCAAUGCAAGUUGCGGGCUUGAAGACCAUUACAAGCACGAUCCUUGUCCUGGCGGCGCGAAGUCUUAAGCUUAUAUUGUGGUUUAUGCCAUUUGUUAAGGCACACUUCCAAGCGCUUACGGAACAGAAUCCCAAUCGGGGACUCGUUGGCAUAUCUGGUAUGAGCGGCGGAGUGGCUUUGUUGGAUAGUGUCGAGAGGGACAUUCGCGCGCACGUGCGUGAGAUCGAGGGGAAAAUUCUCACUAUCGUAGACAAUUUGCUAGGCGGACAAAUAUCCAAGUGGACAGCGAGACCACCGGUGCCAUCCAAAUCUUUUCGAAAUAUCUCUAGUUACCUAAUGAAACUUCACGAAGCCGUCUCCGCAAUUUUGCCUACCGUCGAGGUGCAGUCCCUUUACCGUACGGUAAACUCGUCAUUCAAGGAGAAGCUUAGGGAGCAGCUGGUUAAAAUGAACAUAGUGAACAACGGUGGCCCGCAGCACGGUGUGGUCACGUCGGAGCUUACGUUUUAUCUCGAAGCCUUAAGGAAAUUAAAAGUCCUGCCGAGCGAAGAGUUAAACGACAAUUGGAUGAGCGACAUAUGGACUAGAUAACAUGCAGAGCGCGUGAUAUACUGCAUUAUAGAAGCAAUGAAGCAUUAUAGAAAGAGGUGACUAAUCUGUACAUUCGUCUUCCUUUGUAUCGCUCUAAAACAUGAGACAUACAUUUUUUUUGUAUUCAUGUUCAUCGAUCGCUCGAUGGACUGGAUGAAAGAAACGGUACAUGAAUUUAUGAUUUUUGAAUAUUCGGAAAAAGUACGUUAAAAGUGCAAAUGAUUAAUGAUAUAGUUAUUGUGAUACAUGCGCUAGCAAAUUGCGAUAUAUAUUGGCAGUUUGACGUAACGAUAACAGCAAUUACGAUGUUUCUACAGAGAAAACGAUAUCGAAUAUUAAAAGAAUUUCCAAUUAGCUAAUUUCGUGGGAAUUCCAACCGCGCUAAUUACAUCACGUUAUUCUGUAUUUAAAAACAAAUAUUAGAUAAUUUUGCGGAUAUAUUGGAUGACUAUUUUUACCGGUCAUAGUGUUCAAGAAAAAAAUUUCUAUCGUGUAUAUGUGUGUGUGUGUAUACACACACACACUGUCGUAGAGAUAUAUUCGUAGGAAUUAUAGAAAUGUUAUUUUUUUGGAAUGAGUGCGAAUGCAGAGAAUAACACCAUUCGUUUACUUACGAUUUGACAUUGCCCUUUGCAAGAAUUUCGAUGUAACACGGUAUUGUAGCAGGACCAAACAUAUUAGCGUAUUAGAGUUUUUUGUAUGAUACUUUAGUAUGAGCUUGUAUAUUUUCCGAUGUUAUAUUUUGCUUUUAUAUAAUGAGAAUUUCGAGUUAGAAAUUGAAUCGAGUUGAAUUUUGUGGAGACGAUGCAAUAUAUAUAUAUAUAAAUUAAAAAGGAUAAAUGCGAUUUUGUUGAUUAUUACGUGUCUGUUAUGUAAAUCGAUAUUUGAUCAUGAUCAAUACAUUGCGUAUGAAAGAAGGAGAGAAUAAAUUUAGCAAUGUCUGCUCCGUACCCAGAAAGUUUUAUAACGAAAAUAUAUUUAUUGCUUGCUAUAAAUUCUUUAGAGAAAAUUCAUAAUCUUUAUAAUUGGCGAUAAUGUAAUUCUUGUGUAAUUGAUAAUUUAUCAUAUACAUAUAUAUGAGCAAUGCGUUCGUAAUCUCGUGGGAAACCUUUCUAAUAUUCUAAAAGCUGUACACUCUUUUUUGCGUGUAUUAAUUUAAAAAAUGUUUUAUUGCGGAGGUUGUGCCGUGUAAUUUCAUUCCUGACUUCAUCUAGUCCAAGUUGUAUAUAAUGUAUGCGAGGAGGAGAAUACGCUGAAAAGUAUAAUCGACUUAAUUCAUAAAUAAACUUGUGAACUUAGAGUGUUAUGCGUCAUGAUCCGGCAGAGACACGUUGUAAUGCUCUGGAAACGUGUUUCGCACGUCAUGUUUCGUAUGAAAAAUGUCGAAACUAAAUGAAAACCUUCAGAGCGGAUCACCGUAUAAGAUAUCCUCGUGGAUUUCUUUAUCAAGACUGAUGAUCUCUCGUUGGAUCAUCGCAUAGGAAAGUGAACAUAGAAAAUCGUGUAGAAGAGAUACGAUUAAUAUAAUUUAGAUUAUACCUUUUUGCGCGUAAUGUAUUGUGAACACGAAAAAUUAGUGACACCGCAGCUGGGAGAGGAUAACAUAUUAUUUAUUUAAAUAAACGUUCUAUGAUGCCUA